AUGGUUCUGGAUCCGCCACUGAUAGUGGUUGGAGAUGUUGCUAACGUCAGGCCUACUAUUCAACAACCAAGAAAGGAUGCAAAUAUCAUAAAAGUGAUAGAGAGUGCUGACAGAGAGCGAAAGGUUCAGAUUAGGGGUGGAGGGUUCUCGUUUAUAAAUAUAAACCUAAAGGAGACGUGGUCAUCCUCCACUGCUACACUUGUUUACUCUCUUGAGCGGCACUCGGAAUCAGGAAACCCUUUUGCUUUGCUUGCUAUGGCUCGUCGUGAGGAUCGUUCUCUUCCCAAAGACUCAUAUUGUACCAUCGAGUUUGACGGUGCUUCAAGAGGAAACCCAGGAAGAGCUGGUGCAGGAGCCGUUCUCCGUGCUCCAGAUAACACUGUGAUAUACUCUUCUCGCGAGGGUUUGGGGGUUGCUACAAACAACGUUGCUGAGUAUCGAGCUCUCAAUCUUGGCCUCGAGUCUGCUCUUAACCAAGGCUUUACAAAUGUGCGCGUCCAGGGUGAUUCACAGCUCGUCUGUAAGCAGGUUCGAGGUGAAUGGGCAACCCGAGACCCGAAAAUGACUCAGCUUUGUGGACAAGCACAGGAGCUUAUGAGUCAGUUUAACUCAUGCGAUGUUCAACACGUUCCCAGGGAAUUCAAUUCAGCGGCCGAUGCUCAAGCUAACCGUGCGACCAAUCUGGCAGAGGGUGAAUAUCAGCAAGAUAAUGCAGGCGGCCGCCAUGGAAGAAGGGGAUACUAAUAUCGAAUAUGCAUAUUCCUGUUUUCUUGUUUUUGGGAUCAUGUCUUUUUUUAGCAUGUGCUAUGUGUUAACAUGAACACGAUGCUCUUCUCUCUCUCUCUCUCUUUUGCUUUGUCCCACGGCAUGUUGACUUCCCAAGAACAUGUCUAUGUCGUCUAGUACUUUAUUCUAUUCAAUAAUUUUCCAAAUAUAA